UGUUGUGGGUCGGUGGGCGGGGCGGCUGGCUGAUCGAGCGAGGCCGCACCGUGGGCUCGCGCGGGGCUCAGCUUCCUCAGCGCCGGGCGCGGACGGCUGCCAAGCGUGCCAGCGGCCGCUGUUUCUCCGAGUCGCUGUCUUCCAGGCUCCGGCCGGUGGUCGGCAUGGCCCGUGGAAAUCAAAGAGAACUUGCCCGCCAGAAAAACAUGAAAAAAACCCAGGAGAUUAGCAAAGGAAAAAGGAAAGAGGAUUGCUUGACUGCCUCCCAGAGAAAGCAGCGGGACUCUGAGAUCAUGCAACAAAAGCAGAAGAUAGCCAAUGAGAAGAAGUCCAUGCAGACAAGAGAAAAAUGAUGACUGGCUUUUUGGCAAACCUGGGUGCUAUUGCCAGUGGGGUGCAUCAUAAGCUCUAAGAUCAAAAUUCCUCAGAGUGACUAAUCAUUACCUGUGUUAUUACUUAUCCUUAUAAAACUGUCUAUUUUAAACUUUACUUUUCACCCUUACUUAUGUUUUAAGACCAUUCUCAAAGAAUAAAACUC